AUGGCACAAUCUAACUCCCUGUUAGACACGCUGAGGUCCGUGAGCCGAGUCGACUUUGCCAAAGAGCUGGGUCCCUUUGUCGAUCACACCUCCAACCAGGCAAUCGCCUAUGGCGAGCUCACCAAGACCACCGCAGAUGGCAAGCUAUACCACGAGCAACUCAUCCGGGACUCCGUACAGGAUGCUCAGGGCUGGGCUCACGCGGCCUGGCCAGACAUUGACCCGAUUCUUCUCGCAGUCGAGAUCAUGAUGGUCAGACUAUCACUCAAGUUCAUCCCGUAUUUGACAGGAUAUUUCCACAUUCAGACCAACACAGACUGGUCCUAUUCGGUCGAGAAAACUGUCAAGAAUGCCGAAAGAAUUGUUGAGACCUUCAAGAAGGUGGAGCCCACAUUGGACGUGAACCGUGUCUGUAUUAAGAUUCCGUCCACCUACGAGGGCAUUGCUGCUUGCAGGAUCCUCGAGAAUAAGGGAAUUGCCACAUUGGCGACGACCAUGUUUUGCAUGGAGCAAGCGGCCCUGGCUGCCCAUGCCGGCUGCACCUACAUUGCGCCGUAUGUGAACGAACUAAAGGUUCACUUCGUCCCAGGUUAUGUGGACGAGAACAAGGCUUUCAACUUCUGCAGACAGGCGCAGGCUUACUAUGUCGAGACAAAGGCCAAGACCCAGGUCCUGGCAGCUAGUCUGACCACCGUUCCUGAGGUGAUGCAGUUGGCCGGCAUUCAGCACGUCACCGUCUCGCCGCCGCUCCUCCGGGCUCUUGCGGCAGCGCCGUCCUCAACUUGGACGGAGAAGGUCGGUGGCUAUUUCGCAGACGGGCCAGACGAGCGCUGGAUCAAGGACUUCCAGGCUGCCUUGAUAGACGAGAGCGAGUGGCGAUUUGCUUUUACUCGUAGCGGCAACGGCAGGUAUGAGGAGAAGCUUAUCCAGGCCAUCAAUAUCUUCUCCGAGAAGCAACAGAGCCUAGAGGAGCUGGCGCGAAGCUAUUUAUAG